CGCGUUGCAGCGUAAACUAGAACGGCGCACGCAGCCGAGAGGGUGCAGCCGAAAAGAACUUUAAAGUGGCCCGUGGCCCGAGUGCUCUGAGGGAUCUCAUUCGGCAAUCAACAUCAGCAAUCAACAUCAGCCUCGGCUCAGGAUGAAUGGGCCUGACCCUCCAACCCAUCCGGCCUCCUACUUCUGUCGACCCUUCUAGUCGUCUUUCUUCCUCGCUUCCACCUUCGUUCUCUCACUCCCCGUUCCUCCACAUCUCAAUAUACUCCCCGUCAACUACAGAACCUUGUCCGCUGACGCUCGAAAAUGGUUUCGGUAACAAGCGCCCUGGCUCUCCUAUCGGCCGGGCUCUAUCUUGAUGGCAGAACCCGCUUCUCGCGCGAUCUGAACUUUGGACUCCCUGGCCUUAGAACCAAACUAUGGUUCGAGCGCUUGGUCGCCAACAACGACGUCAGUUUCUACAACCGCUUUGAGGACCAAUGCCGUCUACGGCCCUACGCGAUCGCCCUCGUCUUCGAAGGCCAUUCCUACACCUGGCGUGAUCUCGAACUCGCCUCCAAUAAACUCGCACACUGGUACCAAGCCCAGGGCAUCGCACCCAAGGACCGUGUCGCCAUGUUCAUGACCAACUCCCCGCUCUUUAUCAUCUCCUGGCUUGCCCUCCUCAAGAUCAAGGCUGUCGGUGCCUUUAUCAACAACCAAAUUACUGGGACCGUCCUAUUGCAUUCACUCAAAACCGCCAACGCCCAGCUUCUCAUAUUUGAUUAUACGUUAGUGGAUCCAUUACAGAAAUCGAAUGCGGAGAUAAAAGAGAUGGGGUAUAGGCUGUUUACGAUCACGCCACAGGAGGAGGUGUUGGUGCGAUUCGAUGAACAUGAUAGGGAUCCUUCAAUGAGGUUUUUUGAAUUUAUGAAUUGGCGGGAGUGCAGCUCCGAAGGCUAUUCAAGAGAAUCGCGAAAGGAUGUUGUCAUUGAAGACGCAGCGGCGCUUAUUUAUACCAGUGGGACAACCGGGUUUCCGAAAGCUGCCAUCAUGGACCAUGGACGAUGCACCUUGGCCGUUGGUGUUUGGUCCGGCAUAUGCAAGAUCACUGAAAAAGACCGUGUCUACGAUUGUUUGCCCCUGUACCACUCAGCUGGAGCGAUCAUUGGGAUCGGUCAGAGCUGGAUAUCUGGAAGUACUAUCGUCCUCGCUCGAAAGUUCUCAACCACCUAUUUCUGGAAAGAAGUUCGCGAACAAGAAGUGACCUUGAUCCAGUACAUCGGUGAAUUGUGCCGGUACCUUCUCAAUGCACCCGAGAGUCCCCUGGACAAGGCCAACAAAGUCAGGAUGAUUUUUGGUAAUGGACUGCGGCCGGACGUUUGGAGAAAGUUCCAGGAACGCUUUGAUAUCCCGACCGUCUUUGAGUUCUACACCAUGAGCGAAGCGACGAGUGCAUUAUUUAAUCUUAACAGUGGCGAAGAUGGCGCUGGCGCAGUCGGAUUCCGCGGUCCACUUGUUCGUAAAUUUCAGCCUGGGCUUCGAAUCGUUAAAGUCGACCUUGACACCGAAGAGCUGAUCCGCGACAAGAACGGCUACUGUAUCGAAUGCGAGUUCGGCGAGACAGGCGAACUACUAACCCUCGCCGACAACAAGACCAGUCAAUCUCGAUACAUCGGUUACUUCAACCAACCGAAAAUGUCCUCUGCCAAGCUUAUCCAGAACGCUUUCGAGCCCGGCGAUCAGUACAUGCGCACGGGCGAUCUGCUGUAUCGUACGCGAGACCAUUUCUGGUACUUUGCCGACCGUGCGGGGGACACCUUCCGCUGGAAGGGCGAAAAUGUCUCGACAGCCGAGGUUGCGGAUACACUGGGGCGGGUGGAAGGAAUUGCGUCCUGUACGGUUUAUGGGGUAACGGUUCCGGGACAAGAUGGGCGCGCAGGCAUGGCGGCUGUCGUUCUGAAGGACGGAUAUUGGGAGCCUGAGAAGGAAAAGGAUAUGUUGCAGGGCAUUCCGGAUUCCGUUCUCGGAGGCGAUAAUUCUGUGGAAGGAAAUCCUGACGCUCCAGAAAAAGGUCCCCUUACGACCAUUGGGAUGCGGUUGAACGAGAAGGUGCUGGAGGAGUUUAUGGAUCGACUGAGCACACAUGCGAAGAAGAGCCUCCCGGCAUACGCAAUCCCGAGGUUCGUGCGAAUCUGUGAGGGCGAACUCGAGGUUACGGGAACGUUCAAGAACAAGAAGGUCGAGCUCAAGAAGGAAGGGUUCGAUUUGAGUAUGAUCCAGGAGCGAUUGUAUUGGUGGACCCCAGAGGGACGGUACUCGCCCUUUGGACACGCAGAGAACAAGGUUAUCCUGGCUGGUCGUGCACGGCUUUAGAAGACCGGAAUCUCAAGGUUGUAGUGGGUCGCAGCAUAUGUCU